UAGCAUGAUGGAGAACUCCUCAGUGCUCCCUUCAGAUGCUUCAGAUGCCCUCUUCCCCACAGAGUCACCACCAACUGCCAUUCACCAGGCCUUCUGGAUCAUCUCACUCAUCAUCUUCUGCUUAGCCUUUAUCCUGGGCAUAACUGGCAAUGGGCUGGUGAUCUGGGUAGCAGGCUUCCGGAUGGCUCGUACAGUCACCUCUGUCUUGUUCCUCAACCUGGCUUCAGCAGACUUCACCUUCACUGCCUUCCUGCCAUUCUUCAUCGUUGGGACUGCCCUGCAGCCCCAUUGGCCCUUUGGUUGGUUCCUCUGCAAGCUAAUUAGCUCCCUGGCUAUUUUUAAUAUGUUUGCCAGUGUCUUCUUGCUGACCCUCAUCUCUCUUGACCGCUGUGUCUCUGUCCUCUGGCCAUUGUGGGCCAGGAAUCACCGCACACCUCGUCGAGCAGCCCUGGGUGCUGCAGGGGCCUGGACUUUUGCCCUGGCCUUCUCUGUCCCAACAGUCAUCUUCAGGACCACGGACACAGAGAAUGGGACCACCUUUUGCUACAUUGAGUUUGACCCCUGGGAUGAGGCAGGAGAUGAUGAUGAGUACUAUUAUGCCCUGUCUGAAAGCCGCCAAUGGUCCCUGGUGUGCAGCCGCUUCAUCCUUGGUUUUGUGAUUCCACUCCUCAUCAUUACUGUCUGCUAUGGCCUCAUCACAGCCAAGCUCUGGAGUAGAAUGAAGACCACCAAGUCCAGUCGGCCCUUCAAGAUCCUCACAGCCGUGGUGGCCGCCUUCUUCCUCUGCUGGCUCCCUCACCACAUGGUGGGCAUGAUAGAGGUUUCUAUCUCCAGCCAUUCAUACUUCAAAGAGGUUCUGCCUUACCUGAACCCUCUCUCCAACUCCCUGGCAUUUGUCAACAGUUGCCUCAAUCCUUUGCUCUAUGUCUUCUUAGGCCGGGACUUCAGGGAGAGACUGUUCAGAUCUGUGCCAGCUGCUCUGGAGCGGGCUCUGAGUGAGGAGUCCACCCCAGCUGGCACCACAGCCACUAGUUCUACCUGUGCACCUCCUGCCACCGAUGCUGAAACGCAGGGUCUGUGAGGGGGUGCCUUCUCUUCUGUGGUCUUUCUGUGGGGCCUGCCUUCAUGUGGUCCAAAUUCCAAGUU